AUUUCUUGCUCAAAAAAGAUUCCAAAUAAUUUCACCGCAGUUCAACUACCUCCCAGCCAUCAUGUCAACCCUCAACUACUUCAACUACGAAGGCGUCGGCAAGACCAACAACAAGCUCUACUCCUACUCCCAAGCAGUCCGCGUCGGCAACAUCAUCAAGUGCUCCGGCCAAGGCGGCUGGGACGCAGAGGGCAACAUCGACAAAGAUGACCUGAAAGGACAAAUUGACCUUGCCUUUAAAAACGUCGAAAAGAACCUCAAGGACGCCGGUGCAAAGGGCUGGGCAGACGUUUACUCUGUUAAGAGCUUCCAUAUUUCUCUUUCUGGAUCGUUUGAUCUUAUGGUGGAGGAGUUUCGCAAGUGGAUGCCUGAUCAUCAGCCGACGUGGACUUGUGUUGGUGUUACUGAGUUGGGUAUUCCGGGUAUGAUUGUCGAGAUUGAGGUUGAGGCAUACAUUUCUUAGACAUUGCAAGAUCGAGGCAGUUUGUACAGUCAGCUUUUAUCAAAUUAACACAUUGGAAUC